AUGACUCAUGUCCUGGUCAGCGAAGUGUUGAUCUGGAGUGUCGGCAAAAUAGAUUUGCAACAACUCAGCAAAAGACUUGAAUUAUCCAUAAGACACGCCAUUUGGGACCUGACUCUCGAGUUUAAAAUAUUGAGGGCUUCGCCGAGCAAUGAAAUUGAAUUCUCAAACAUAAUGUCAAAUUCAAUCAGCAUUAGUGAGCCAUCGACUCCCAAAAACGUUGUCAAUGCCUCCAGAGGCCGACGGACUGGUAGGUCAGCCAUUGAGACCCAAAUGAAUCCAUUGAAGCGUUUGGAGAUAUCAAGAGAUAUGUCUUCAUCGGUGCCAAACAUUUUUAAAACCCUUUUGGAGAAGACUAACAAACUGUCGAAUCUGUCGAAUGAGAACUUCUUUAAGUUUCCCGAAUAUAAUAAGAAAAUGUCCGAAAGUCCAAAGCAGCCAACAAUGAGAGUCAACUCCGAACCCAAUGAUAACUACGAGGACUUUAAUACUGAAGAGAUGACUAACUUAUCGUGUGUUUUGAAUCUAUUGGUUAAGCCGUGGCUCGAUUACGGUAAGCAUUUGGAAGUGAUAUCAGUUGUUAAGGAACAGUAUUCGGUGACAAUGAGGCACUCGAUUCCUAAUGUGAUCAAUGAAUUUAAGAAUUACAUCCAAAAUAUGAGUUCCCACACCAUUUUGAAUGGCUUCAAAAAGUCGAGUGAUUUCCUAUAUAUUCCGUGCAAUGAAUUCGAUCUCUUGGACCAAAACGUUGAGUUUGAAAGCAUAACAAAUAUUAUACUUUUGGUUCGACACGAAAAGCUGUGGUCGACCAACAAAUCCAAUGCAGAAAAUAAUUCAUGUUUUGAUAAUUAUUUGCAAACUCGAAACGAAAGACCGAAACUCCGAUUUGCGCCCCAUUUGUGUAAUAUUAACGGUCAGGACAAUAGGGCUCAGACACUGAGUGAACCGACGCCCACGAGACCCGUGUUAGCCAUUAGUAAUUCGAGUCUAAACUCAAACCUUUCCGAAAACAAGAACGUGUCGAUUGACACCCAGACAUGUGUAGCCCCGCGCCAGAAGUUUUUGUUGCUAUACAUUGAGGACAAAGUGAUAACACUUUAUCUGUACAACUGGUCCAAUGAGUACUUAACCAACAUCUGUAAGAACCUGUCGAACAUAGUCUCGUGGCAUAACUCGAGGGGAUCUUUCCUUCAGUCGAUUAUCUCACAAAAGGCCGGAAUCUUUCAGAAUCAGCCGCACAGACGAAGAAACUCUAAUCAAUUCGUUAAUCCAUUUCCAACUACUCUGAAAACAAGGGGUGUGGAUAACGGCGCUAAUCUGACCCAAUAUUUCAAGAAUCAAAAGCAAAGAUUUAAUAGUUUCUCGGCGUCUAUGAACGAGAACAUAGAGCUUCUCAUAAAACACAACAACCCGGUGGCCGCCGCUCAGGAAUAUUCACAAAACAAGAAAAUGUUUCCACAGAAUAAUCGCUCGUUUAGUCUCUCGAAAUCAUUUCUAAACGUCUCUAAUUUGACUCGAAUUGAGUCAACAAAUCUCUCAAAAGUGAAAGACUUAAUCAAUAGAUAUGGAAAGCAAAUUGAAUUGUGUCACACAUAUCAAUCCAAAGAAUUGCAAGAGUUAUCAAAGAUAUGGCACAUUCAGGGAAUCAAACUUCACUUCAAUCCAGUUUUGGAUAAAAUUAUAAAACAAGUCAAACAUAUCGGACGACUCAAUCACUACUGUUUGACACCACUUCUCUUUAGUCCCAAAUGGAGACUAACUGUAUCUCCAGUUAGAGAUCAUUCCUUACAGACUGUGGAUAAUAUGGAAGACAAUCACAAAGAAGUUUUGGUGAAUGAAAAGCAACGUUUAAGGCAUGCGUCGGGCGGUUAUGUUCAGAAAUCAGACGAAACCGACAUUGGUUUUAAUCGGAACAGAAGGUUAAGUGGUCCGCCAGUCAGUGGUCCGGCGCCUAAGACUAAUGCGGAUGAGAGCUGGCAUUUUGCUUCAACAAAUCUCUCAAAAGUCAAAGACUUAAUCAAUAGAUAUGGAAAGCAAAUUGAAUUGUGUCACACAUAUCAAUCCAAAGAAUUGCAAGAGUUAUCAAAGAUAUGGCACAUUCAGGGAAUCAAACUUCACUUCAAUCCAGUUUUGGAUAAAAUUAUUAAACAAGUCAAACAUAUCGGACGACUCAAUCACUACUGUUUGACACCACUUCUCUUUAGUCCCAAAUGGAGACUAACUGUAUCUCCAGUUAGAGACCAUUCCUUACAGACUGUGGAUAAUAUGGAAGACAAUCACAAAGAAGUUUUGGUGAAUGAAAAGCAACGUUUAAGGCAUGCGUCGGGCGGUUAUGUUCAGAAAUCAGACGAAACAGAUAUUGGUUUUAAUCGGAACAGAAGGUUAAGUGGUCCGCCAGUCAGUGGUCCGGCGCCUAAGACUAAUGCGGAUGAGAGCUGGCAUUUUGCUGUCUGUUCCCAUUAUAUUCAAGAAUAUGUGCAAUACUUACAAACACUAGGGUUUGGUGCCAUUCAGAUGAGAUCGCAUAAGAUUACGUCAACAGUUCCGAAGCAGAGAUCAAAUGCAGAAAAUUAUAAACUAAUGAAUAAGACGUUUGCGAACCGAAAGUUCAGUUCAAAGGGUGAAAACGAGCGCUUCUUCUUAAUUAAGUCAUUAUUAGGGGGUUUACUGGUGUUUGAGGUGGGAUUCUGUGAGCCCUACGUCUACAGCCAUUUAUAUUCAUUUGAUGGCAAGAGAUUCGACAUUUGCUCCCGAAAUAAGAGAUCAGUUGACACUUCGUUGUCGCAAACCUUUUUGGAUGAAUUGGAUAAGAUUAAGGUGACAAUGCAUUUGCAUUCAUUCACAUACGACUAUCACUUGAGGACAAUCCACUCGUACAUCUCUGGUCGACAACUCAUAUUCCGCCAGGCAAUGUUGUAUAAUUACAUCAUAAGUCACAACGAAUUGUAUGGAAUGAAAGUCUUUCGCAUGAAUUCUCCCCUUUCUUCCGAAGAUAACAUCGAAUUGACUACAGAGUAUGUAUUGGUGGAGCUAUCGAGCCAUAGAGUGCCCUAUAAGGACACCAAUGACAUCCGACAGGUCGACAACUUUGAUGUCGGAGUUCUUAUAACUCACGACUUCUGCAACAAUAAUAACACACUUUCUCUCAAAUUCUUUGUUCUGUUGACGAGUCAAAGAGAAUUGUUUCCCAAACGGUUUAGCAGUCAUUUCGGUCCCAACUCUAAGGGAUUCUUUAAACCCAUUCGUCUUUAUUCGUCUCAACCAUCGAGUGAAACCCAUUCCCGAAAGAGUAGUACUAUUACUGAUCCCAAUCUGAGUGACGGAUCGUUUACUGACAAUUCAUUUCAAAGCACGAGAGAGAUAACAGUUAGCACUUCCAGUGUAAUGAUCACUAAACCAGUGGACAAAUUCGCGCCCAAAUCCAUACCAUUGUUGUCCACUUCGACCGGCAUUUGUGACGAAGAGAUCACUUAUUUGGGAUACUUUAGCAGCCAUGAGACUAUGAUGUUGCAGAUCCUUCAGGACAGGGCUAACGAGACUCAGACACAACUGACCGAAGCAGUCAAGACCGCGGCCAUCGACUGCCGUCGAGAGCAUCUCUGGACAUGUCUUUUGCCUCGAAAGACAAAUAAUAGCGAAUCAGAUGACACGCACUUAACUAUCACUGAGUUUGACGAACUCUUGAGUUUAGUG